AUGAACUCCAAUCAGUGGACAAAUGGUGAUCCAUUUUACGAAUACUGUCCACCGUGGAAGAGCACUACAGACCUACACCAAGAAACAGUCUUCGGACCUGCUUGGCACCGUCAAGCAUCUGCAAAUGAUGCUUCAGAAAGUUUCGUUGCCAAAAUGACAGCACCAGCCGCUCAACGGCAGCGUAUUUUCACCCAUGAGGGCCCACAAUACAUUAUGAAUGAACGCGAAUGGGGACCUGGUCAAUCUCUAGAUACACCUGGACGAUGGAUUGCUGAGAUGAGAGAAUUUCCUCUGAAUGGUGUGGACACCAGACUGCUUCAGUGCCCUAUGUUGGACAAGGACCACCUCUAUGCCCGCUAUGUUACCCUCACAGAAGAAGGAUACAAAUCUCAAAUCAACAUUUAUCCUCGGAACAGUCCCCAGACUAGCCGCUAUCAACACAGUUAUCUUGCGCCCUAUACCGACGUCACUCCUGCAACUGGACUCCGAGCCGCUGGGCAAGACGAAGAGGGCGAAUCAAGUGUACAAAUUAAACAAGAGACAGAAGAAGAAAUCUUGAGUAAUCAUCCGGUACAUGCUUUGUCAGGAGAGUGUGACGAUCCGUUUCUGUAUACAGAUCCUCCGGAAAAAGAUGCUUCAAGAGUUUACCAUGAAACUAAAGAAGCAGAAGAUUGGAAGUUGGACAAAGAGAUAACGGACAAUACCGUUUUCUUCAAGAAAAUCGCCAAGGGUGUCUUCCGUGAGAGGGUGUUCACCACCAAGGAUGCGUCUACAUUGUCCUUGGUGGAAAACAUCCAAGGACCUGCCCUGGGAAAAUCUAAUGAAUUCAUCAGUCUGUGGGUGAAAACACUAGUCACAGAAUGGAAUGAAGCAGAGGAGAUGGUGGGGUCCACACUUCAGCGUCCCUGGGAUAAGCACACUGUCUACAGCAGAAGGGUUCAACUUGAUCCCCAAUCAACACAUGUGAGCUGGUAUGACGGGGCCAAUACUAUGGGUACAGUUGUAGGAAGGUAUAUUUCAGUGGAACCCGCAGGAGGAGGCGAAACAAUAAGGCCGGGGGAUGUUAAGUCGGAGGGAGCGGAUUAUUGA